AUGGACGUUGAUGAAAUUCGUCUUCCCAUUGAAGGACUCCCGCCCGCGCCAUACGGUUUCUACGAAGAAAACGACACGACGGACGGCGUGCAAGCAUUGUGCGCUGAUGACGAGUUGUUCACCGCGUGGGGCAUUCUGCCCGCUAGCGGUUCCUUUGAUCCUCAAAGUGCGACCCACACCGCGAAUCUCGCCGCGAUUGGCGGUGAUUCUGCUCAGCUGACGGGGGCUCCGCGUCCGGGAUUGGAAUGGGCAUCGGCAGGCGACGUCGCGGCAGUGCAGCAGCACGAAAGUCAGAGUGCUGGCGUUGCCGUUGUUGUCUGUGGUGUUGCCGGUGCUGGUGCUGACAAUGUCGCUAAUGCACAAGAAAAAGGUGAAGAAGGUGACACCACGGCAGAGCAGCAGCGCGGGAGCCAGGGUGCUGGCGUUGGCGCUGCCGUCGGUGGUACUCAUGGCGCCGAUGCCACACAUAAUGCCUUUGUUUAUGCAGAAGGCGAUGCCACGGCAGAGCAGCAGCACGGCGAAACGAUGGAGGCUGAAGGGAUUUUUCUUCAGCUUGACGGACUCGCCAUGGCGAGCUACGGUUUCUGGCCUGCAGACGAUACGGCGGACCACUCGCACGAAUUUCAUACUACUGGCGAAUCGAUGUUCUUCUCCCCCUCCACCACGUGGAGCUUUCAAGCCGCCAACGCUUCUUUUGGGGAUCUGCCCACGACCUACCCCGCGAACCCCGCCGCGAUAGGCGACGAUUCUGCUGAGCCGACGUGGGCUCCGCUUCUGGGAAUCGAAUGGGCAUCGGCAGGUGGCGCGGCGGCAGAGCAGCAGCAAUGCGGGAGGCAGCGUGCUGGCAUUGGUGUUGCCGUGGGUGAUACUGAGGGUGCAGAUGCUGAGAAUGCGGCUUUUGAGGCGCCUCAAAAGGGUGCGGAUGCUGAGAGUGCGGACGAUCCUGACAAUUCUGACGCUGAUGCUACCUGUAAUGGCUUUCUUAAUGCAGAAGAUGACACCACGGCAGAGCAGCAGCACGUGAGUCACGCUGCCACCGGUGAUGCUGCUGGUGGCGAUGCUAACGAUGCUGACGCGGAUGCUACCUGUGAUGCCAAUGCUGAUGUGAGAUGCGACACCACGGCAGAGCAGCAGCACGGGAGCGAGGGUGCGGGAGCUGGUGCUGCCGUCGGUGGUAGUGAUGCUGCUGGUGCUGGCGGCACGGAGCUGAACAUCGCACGAGUGCUGCAGCGGAUAAAUCGACUCAGAAGGCAGGCGUGUGCAAGUGGUAGCAGCGGCGGCGCCAGGCCGGUGUUAAUGGCAACCACCAUCAUGCCACACCGGCCUGGCACCAUCAUGCAUGCGUCUACUCGGAAUUCAAGCCACGACCUGGCAGAGGUGUGGAGCCACAGCCACAGCCACAGCCACCCUCCGUUCGAUGCUAGCGCCACCUUACCCAUCGGACCUGCUGCUUCCGUUCACACCCCAACCACCCCAACCACUCUUAACACUGCAACCACUCCAUCCGCAUCAGCACCAACCACUCCUACCACCGCAAACACUCCCACCAUCCCAACCACUCCCACCACCGCAACCGCUCCAUCCCCAUCAGCACCAACCACUCCUGCCGCUGCUGAGUCUGCUGCGCCCGGUUCAGAUGCCUCUGCAGCUGAUGCCUCUGCAACUGCAAGCACGAACCCGACCGGCCACCGGCCACAAUUGGUGCCGAUGUAA